AUGGUUGGAGCAACUGGAAAACCAUUGACGAAUGUUGUGUCAGUUGGAAUAGGUGGUAGCUUUCUUGGCCCUCUAUUUGUGCAUACUGCGCUCCAGACUGAUCCAGAAGCAGCAGAAUGUGCGAAAGGCCAACAACUGAGAUUCCUUGCAAAUGUUGAUCCAGUUGACGUUGCACGGAGCAUUAAAGAUUUAGAUCCAGAAACCACUCUGGUGGUGGUUGUAUCAAAGACAUUCACAACAGCUGAAACAAUGUUAAAUGCUCGAACUCUUAAGGAGUGGAUCAUUUCUUCUCUUGGGCCACAGGCUGUUGCAAAACAUAUGAUUGCUGUCAAUACUAAUCUUAAGGGCAUUUUUAUUCCUACUCUGGGAGACCAGCCUCAUUCAACUGGUGAAAAUGGUGCUUUGGCAUUUGACAUGGACUAUGUUCGAUGGCAAGAUGAUCACAUUAAGCAGAUAAAUGAACUGAGGGCUGCACUCAAUGCACAUGCCAAUGACAAUGAUCUUCGGCAUAUUAUCGAUAGCUUCAUGGCACAUUACUACGAAGCUUUCAGGCUUAAGGGUGUAGCAGCCAAGGCAGACGCUAUUCACGUGCCGUCAGGAACGUGGAAGGCCCCUGUCGAGAGGUGUUUUUAUGUGGUUAGGUCGAUUUUGACCGUCAGAGAUUCUGAAGGUUUAUGGUCUCUGCUCACUUGUUCUUAUUAG